AUGACCAUUCAGAAUAAUUAUCAAACAAACCACGAAGUUAAUCACGUCAAUGUGGAUGACAGUCGUUACGGGAUAUACAGACGUCCGAUUAAAGUGGGAAGCAAAAGAUUUUCAUACAAUCAUAUUACGAAAAACAAACACGAUGUUCCAAAAAAAGGUCAAGAAGAUAAUAAUAAUAUCGAAGAUCAUAAACCAAAACGUAUGGACUGGAAUGAUUACCAACGCCUAGAUGUCAUACAUUCGUUCUUAGAUGAGUUGGAAUACGACUAUCCUUCCAUAUGCACUGUGGGAACAAUUGGUUUAUCUCGAGAAGACAGAAAUCUGAAGAUUCUUAAAGUAUCCAACAGCGACGCCCACAAUCCCGCUGUAUGGUUGGACGCAGGUAUUCACGCUAGGGAAUGGAUCGCGCCGGCGGUUGCCACUUACAUCGCCAACCACAUCGUCCGCAACUUCGGCUCUCUGCCAUCCAGCAUAACGAAUAAGGACUGGUAUUUCCACCCGGUUGUAAAUCCUGAUGGAUACGAAUAUUCCCAUACCGUUGAUAGAAUGUGGAGGAAAAAUAAAGCCUAUGUUGGAGGAAAACUGGUCGGGGUGGAUCUCAAUAGGAAUUUCAGUUUUGGCUGGGGAGGCAAAGGCUCGUCUGAAAUUCCUACCAGCGUAUUCUAUCGAGGUCCGGAACCGUUCUCAGAACCUGAAUCCUGUGCUGUGAGGGAUGUUCUUCUUUACUCUGGCAUCCCGUUUAAAGUGUACAUAACACUACACAGUUAUGGCCAAAUAAUUUUAUUCCCAUUUGCCUAUAAAGAUGAACUUUGUCCUGACUACGUACGACUCUUGGAAGGGGCAACUGUGAUGUCAAAGGCUAUCCACGAAAGCAGUGGAAACACAUACAAGGUGGGACUAUCCAGGGAUGUAAUGUAUGGAGCGGCUGGCACUAGUAAUGAUUUCAGUUACGGGGUAGCUAAAAUACCGUACUGCUAUCUUCUAGAACUUAGAAUGGCGGUGAAUCAAGUGUGGGAAAUUAAAUUUACUCACGAAGGACAGAGAUACUUUGUCAAAACCCUAGACACAGCUGGAGCAAUAAAUAUUUGGAAAGAGGAGCGAAGCACCAUGGACAUUAUGGUUGAGAGUCCCCAUGCCGCCCAAGUAGCCGGGCUGCUGAACGAAAGAGACAUCCCAUACAGCAUAGCUAUCAGUGACGUUAAAACUCUGAUUGAAAGGGAACAGGGUAAUACUUUGAAAAAGAACUUAAAUACCAAAGGUGCCAUGGAUUGGAAGAGUUAUCACCGUCUUGAUGUUAUUUAUUCGUUUAUGGAUGAUUUGGCAGCACAGUACCCAUAUUUAUGUACUGUUAACGUUAUUGGCAAGUCGGUGGAGGGAAGAGACUUACGGAUGUUAAAAGUAUCAAAUGGCAAUGAGAAUAAUAUGGGAGUUUGGAUAGACGGAUCCAUCCAUCCUCGCGAAUGGGUCAGCACGGCUGUCGUGACGUACUUCGCUGACCGACUCGUCAGAACCUUUCAGGAACAACCAGACAGCGUCACUAAUAAAGACUGGUAUAUUCUACCGGUUUUAAAUCCAGAUGGCUACGAGUACACGCACACUCAUGACAGAAUGUGGCGUAAAAACAGAAAUCGUUACGGCGAGUGCGUUGGUGUGGAUCUAAACAGAAACUUCAGUUAUGGUUGGGGCGAAAAGGGCGAAGAGGGAUCAUCAGAGGACCCAGGCAAUAUAUUUUACAGAGGUCCAAAACCGUUUUCUGAACCUGAAACUGCUGCUUUGAAACGCGUGAUAUUGGACGAAUCAGCAAAAUUCGGGGUGUUUCUAUCGUUCCACAGCUAUGGUGAAGUGAUAAUAUUCCCAUGGGGUUAUACUGCGGACCCAUGUCCCGAUUACGUCGAGCUUCUGGAAGGGGGGACAGCUAUGGCGAAGGCAAUCUUCGAUACGAGCGGUCAUACUUACAAAGUGGGCAGCACAAAGGACCUCAUGUACUUCGCUGCCGGCACCAGCACUGACUGGAGCUACGCUGUCGCUAACAUAAAAUAUUCAUACAUGAUAGAACUAAGAGGUAAGCAGCAUAGAUUUCUGCUGCCUAAAGAACAUAUCAUAGAAACUGCGACUGAAGUUAUGAACGGUGUUUUGAGACUCAUGGACUUCGUUGAUAGACGAUGUAGGAGUACGCAGGCUUGUGUUUGUCCAAAAUAA